UUUUGUGUACGCUUGGUGUAAUGUAAACUUAUAAAUUGAACUUCUAUUCUAUUAUUAUGUAAGAUUCCCAAACCAGAAACAAUUUUAGUUAGCAUAGGUACACCUUGUUAACCUUUUGAUGAUAAGUUAUUUACCCUUAUAAAAGUUAUUUACAAAUUCAUGAAAUGUGCACACUUCUAGAUUUCACAUGAAACUUAAAAGACAAUUUCUAUCACUAGUGACUCAAUACCGGUAUCAGAGUAAGAUGGAAGUUGACAUAUCAGGUCUGCGGAAGCAAUGUAGGAGUAAAGAUGAAGCUUUCCUCGAAAAGGACUUAGUAUCUAAAGAGCCGAUCGGGCAAUUCAAGGCUUGGUAUGAUGAAGUGUGUGCUGCUAAAGAUGUUCUUUUCCCUGGUGCCAUGUGCCUUGCCACGGCGUCACAGGAAGGAUAUCCAUCUGCCAGAUAUGUCAUAUGCACUAGCUUCAGUAAAGAUGGUUUCAAGUUCUUUACUGACUACAGCAGCAGAAAGUCUAAAGAAAUGGAUAAAAACCCCAACGUCGCGGCCACAUUCUACUGGGCUGCCUGCGACCGAUCCGUCAGAAUCGAAGGACAAGCAGAGAAGUUACCCGAAGAAGAAUCCACAGUAGCAUUCAAAUCUCGUCCAGUUGACGCUCAAGCGGCUGUAUGGGCUAGCUCGCAGAGUAUUCCGAUUGAAUCGAAGACAUUAUUAGGCGAGCGACAGAGCGAGUUGAGAGAUAAGUUCCUGGCUGAGAAGGAGGUGUCAAAACCGAGUUAUUGGGGAGGAUACAUAAUACGGCCGAGCGCUGUAGAGUUCUGGCAAGCUCAAUCCAAUCGUCUUUCUGACAGGAUACGGUUCAGAAGACCAGAAGACGGGGAAACUCCGGAUGGGAAACUACUUCAUGAAGGCGAAGAUGGUUGGGUUUAUGAAAGACUUUCGCCUUAAUGAAAGAUUUUGGACCUUGAUGGGCGUCUGAAGGUGCAUCCACACCUCACAACACUUCAACAUCCACAUAACAUUCAAAUUCAAAGUCAAAAAUACUUUAUUCAUGUAGGCAUAGUAACAA